CGAUUAUAUGGGAGAAAAUUUAGCAGAGAAGAUCAUGUGCUUUUUAUCAAAUUGUUGUAUGAGUUGGUAACAAUUCCGAAGCUGGAGAUCAGCAUGGUGCAAGGAUUUGCACGCCUGUUGAUAAACCUCUUAAAGAAAAAAGAACUGCUUUCCAGGGAUGACUUAGAGUUACCAUGGAAACCACUUUAUGAAAUGUUGGAAAGGAUAUUAUACUCCAAAACAGAACAUCUUGGAUUAAAUUGGUUUCCCAAUUCUGUAGAGAGUGUUCUGAAAACACUUGUGAAGAGCUGCAGACCAUAUUUUCCAGAAGAUGCCACUGCGGAGAUGCUAGAUGAAUGGAGGCCUUUAAUGUGUCCUUUUGAUGUUACUAUGCAAAAGGCUAUUACCUACUUUGAACUAUUUCUACCUACUACCCUGCCUCCGGAACUUCACCAGAAAGGUUUCAAGCUUUGGUUUGAUGAAUUUAUAGGCCUUUGGGUGUCAGUUCAAAAUCUUCCCCAAUGGGAAGGGCAUCUAGUAAAUCUUUUUGCUCGCUUGGCUACUGACAACAUUGGGUAUAUAGACUGGGAUCCCUAUGUACCGAAGAUUUUUACCAGAAUUUUGAGGAGUUUAAAUCUUCCUGUGGGAAGCAAUCAAGUUGUUGUUCCAAGAUUCUUAACAAAUGCUUAUGAUGUAGGACAUGCGGUAAUGUGGAUCACAGCCAUGAUGGGUGGACCAAGUAAACUAGUGCAGAAGCAUUUGUCUGGAUUGUUCAAUAGCAUUGCCUCUUUUUACCAUCCUUCUAAUAAUGGGCGCUGGCUGAACAAAUUGAUGAAACUACUUCAAAGGUUACCCAGUGGUGUUGUCAGAAGGCUGCAUCGUGAGCGCUACAAGAAAAUGACUUGGUUAACUCCUGUGCCUGAUAGUCAUAAACUUACUGAUCAGGAUGUUACAGACUUUGUAGAAUGCAUUAUUCAACCUGUUCUUCUGGCUAUGUUUAGUAAAACUGGAAGCCUGGAGGCUGCCCAAGCCCUGCAGAACCUUGCACUGAUGCGUCCUGAAUUAGUAAUUCCACCUGUACUUGAGAAAACAUAUCCUGCACUUGAGACAUUGACAGAACCUCAUCAGCUCACAGCUACUUUAAGCUGUGUAAUUGGAGUAGCUCGUAGUCUGGUGUCUGGAGGGAAGUGGUUUCCUGAAGGUCCAACACACAUGCUACCCCUACUGAUGAGAGCGCUGCCUGGCGUGGAUCCAAAUGACUUCAGCAAAUGUAUGAUUACAUUCCAGUUCAUUGCAACAUUUUCUACUUUGGUGCCUUUAGUAGAUUGUUCAUCUGUAUUGCAAGAAAGAGAUGAUCUUUCAGAGGUGGAAAGAGAAUUGUGCUCUGCAAGUGCUGAAUUUGAGGAUUUUGUACUGCAGUUUAUGGACAGAUGUUUUGGACUUAUAGAAAGCAGCACACUAGAACAAACUAGAGAGGAGACCGAAACUGAGAAAAUGACUCAUCUAGAGAGUCUAGUGGAAUUAGGUCUCUCUUCUACUUUCAGCACAAUCCUUACCCAGUGUUCAAAGGAGAUCUUUAAGGUUGCCUUGGAGAAAGUUUUCAACUUUGCUGUUUCAAAUAUAUUUGAGACAAGAGUUGCUGGUCGAAUGGUUGCCGAUAUGUGCCGCGCUGCAGUAAAAUGCCGUCCUGAGGAAUCCUUGAAGCUGUUUGUACCACAUUGCUGCAAUGUUAUAACUCACCUCACAGUCAAUGAUGAUGUAUUACGUGAUGAAGAGCUAGAUAAGGAGCUGCUUUGGAAUCUUCAGCUUUUGUCAGAGAUCACUCGAGUGGAUGGAAAGAAGUUGCUACCAUACAGGGAGCAGCUUGGGAAGAUACUGCAGCGAACUCUACAUUUAACCUGUAAGCAGGGUUACAUUCUGUCUUGUAACCUACUGCACCAUCUUCUUCGUUCUGCUACACUUAUCUACCCCACAGAGUACUGCAGUGUGCCAGGUGGCUUUGACAAGCCUCUUUCUGAAUACUUUCCUAUCAAGGACUGGGGUAAACCGGGUGACCUGUGGAACUUGGACAUCCAGUGGCAUGUUCCUUCAUCUGAGGAAAUAAAUUUCGCUUUUUAUUUGCUGGACACAUUUCUGCAGCCUGAGCUCACCAGACUAGAGCACUAUGCAGUUGGAAACCUAGAAAUGUCCAGGGAUGAUGUGCAGCAAUGUCUUGCUAUAGUGCAUAACUGCUUGAUCGGUUCUGGGAACAUUCUGCCUCCUCUGAAAGGAGAAAGAGUGGCUCAUCUGGUCCCAAGUAUGGUGUCUUUGGAAGAGACAAAACUGUACACUGGUGUUGAAUAUGAUUUAUCAAGAGAUAAUUAUCGUGAAACAAUUGCAAGGGUUACAAGGAAGUUGCUGCGCUAUAUACUUGAUAAUUCAGAAGAUGACACCAAGUCUUUAUUUCUAAUAAUAAAGAUUAUUAGUGACGUUUUACAGUUCCAAGGGUCUCACAAGCACGAGUUUGAUUCACGAUGGAAAAGCUUUAACCUGGUGAAAAAAUCAAUGGAGAACAGGCUUCAAGGAAAGAAACAACAUAUCAGAGCCCUGCUGAUAGACAGAGUUAUGUUGCAGCAUGAGCUGAGAACACUAACAAUGGAAGGCUGUGAAUAUAAAACCUCCCACCAGGAGAUGAUCAGAGAUCUUUUGUGUUUGUCCACGAGUUCAUAUGGUCAGGUCAGAAGUAAAGCUCAGCAAGCAUUCUUCACAGCUCUGGGAACGCACAAUUUUUGUUGCAGAGAUAUCAUUCCCUUGGUUUUGGAGUUCUUGCGUCCAGACCGGCAAGAUGUCACUCAAAACCAAUUUAAAGGUGCCUUAUAUUGUCUUCUUGGAAAUCACAGUGGAGUAUGUUUGGCAAAUCUUCACGAUUGGGAUUGUAUUGCACAGACGUGGCCAGCGAUUGUUUCUUCUGGGCUUAGCAAAGCUAUGUCCUUGGAAAAACCAUCCAUAGUUAGACUCUUUGAUGACCUAGCAGAAAAAAUCCAUAGGCAGUAUGAAACAAUUGGAUUGGACUUUGCAGUUCCAGAGAAAUGUGUUGAGGUAGCUGUUAUGUUGCAAAAAUCAGGACAAAGUUCAAACUUCACAGGCCUUUGUUCAGAAGAAAUUCAGUUAGGAAUUCAGCGACAGAAAGAAAAGAAUGCUGAGGCUCUGCAAAACUAUGACAAUUUGGUCAACAUGCUGCUGGACUGUGUGGAACAGAGAAAUCUUCCCUGGAAGUUCGAGCACAUAAGCAUUGGUUUUCUGUCUCUGCUUCUGAGGGAUGAUAGGAUACUGCCUGUCCGUGCCAUAAAAUUUUUUGUGCAGUGUCUCAACCAUGAUGCAAUUGUAGUUCGUAAGGUGGCCAUCUCGGCUGUGGCUGGUAUUCUUAAGCAGCUUAAGAGAACACACAAGAAAGUGCCCAUCUGCCCUUAUGAAAUAAGUGGAAACCCUAAGCCUUCCAGCAUUCAGGCUGGUGACAGACCGGAUAACCAGUGGCUGCACUAUGACAGUCAGAGUUUACCAAAGACUAAGGAAGCUUGGGAGUCAUGUUGUUUUGUGGAGAAAACACACUGGGGAUACUAUACCUGGCCUCAAACUAUGACAGUUUAUGCUCCAGCUGAGCAUCAACCAAAGCUUGGGCGAAGGAGACAUGAGCUGACAGAAGCAGAACAAAUUAUAUAUGAUCACUUUUCUGAUCCCAAGUUUGUUGAGCAGUUAAUUAAAUUUUUGUCUUUAGAAGACAGAAAAGGAAAAGACAAAUUUAAUCCUCGUAGAUUUUGCCUCUUCAAGGGCCUUUUCAGAAACUUUGAUGAUGCCUUCUUGCCAGUUCUUCAGCCCCAUUUAGAACAACUUGUGGCAGACUCCCAUGAAAGCACCCAGAGAUGCGUAGCUGAAAUUAUAGCCGGCUUAAUAAGAGGUUCUAAACACUGGACAUUUGAGAAGGUGGAAAAACUUUGGAAGCUUCUCUGUCCAUUGCUUCGAACAGCUUUGUCCAACAUUACAGUGGAAACAUAUAAUGAUUGGGGCACAUGCAUAGCAACCUCCUGUGAGAGCAGAGAUCCUAGGAAACUGCACUGGUUAUUUGAAUUGCUGUUGGAAUCUCCAUUGAGUGGUGAAGGGGGAUCAUUUGUAGAUGCAUGCCGACUGUAUGUACUGCAAGGUGGCCUUGCACAGCAAGAGUGGAGAGUACCGGAGCUGUUGCAUAGACUGCUGAAGUACUUAGAACCUAAACUCACGCAGGUUUACAAAAACGUCCGAGAGAGAAUAGGAAGUGUUUUGACCUACAUAUUCAUGAUAGAUGUCUCCUUGCCAAAUACUGCUGCAACUAAAUCUCCUCGUGUCCAUGAAUUUACUACCCGGAUACUUGAAAAUCUUAAACCACUCAUGGAAGCAGAUGAAGAAAUUCAGAAUCAUGUUAUGGAAGAGAAUGGAGUUGGUGAACAAGAUGAGCGAACUCAGGGCAUUAAACUCUUGAAAACUAUUCUGAAGUGGUUGAUGGCAAGUGCAGGGCGAUCCUUCUCUACAGCUGUCACAGAACAACUCCAGCUUUUACCAUUAUUUUUCAAGAUUGCACCAGUAGAAAAUGACAAUAGCUAUGAUGAGCUCAAAAGAGAUGCUAAGAUGUGUUUGUCAUUAAUGUCUCAGGGUUUGCUGUAUCCUCAGCAAGUGCCUUUGGUACUUCAGGUGCUAAAACAAACAGCAAGAAGCAAUUCUUGGCAUGCUAGGUAUACCAUAUUAACCUACCUCCAGACCAUGGUGUUCUACAAUCUCUUUAUCUUUCUCAACAAUGAAGAAGCAGUCAGUGACAUUAGAUGGCUGGUUAUAAGACUCCUGGAAGAUGAACAGCUUGAGGUGAGAGAAAUGGCUGCUACCACGCUAAGUGGUCUGCUACAGUGCAGUUUUCUCACUAUGGAUGGGCCCAUGCAGACGCAUUUUGAACAGCUGUGCAAGAUGAGGUUACCAAAAAAACGAAAGCGAGACCUGGGUUCAGUGGUGGAUACGAUUCCUUCUGGUGAUUUGGUUAAGCGCCAUGCUGGUGUGCUAGGACUUAGUGCGUGUAUUUUAUCAAGCCCUUAUGAUGUACCCACCUGGAUGCCACAGCUCUUGAUGGAUCUCAGUGCCCAUCUUAAUGAUCCUCAGCCUAUUGAGAUGACUGUGAAGAAAACGCUGUCAAAUUUCCGGAGGACCCAUCAUGACAACUGGCAGGAGCAUAAACAGCAGUUCACGGAUGACCAGCUACUAGUGCUUACUGACCUCUUGGUUUCACCAUGCUAUUAUGCAUAG